AUGAGGGAUUCGAGGGUGGCGAGGUCAGGUGGUACAUCCGCUCACCUUUUUGCUGUGUUCCAAGGGCUUCUUAAAGUGCUUGCUGGCAUUGAUACCAACUUCACAGUCACUUCGAAAGAAGCUGAUGAGGAAGGAGACUUUGCUGAGCUUUAUGUGUUCAAAUGGACAUCGCUUCGGACCACAAUUCUUAUCGUGAACAUCAUUGGCAUUGUAGCAGUUGUGUCUUAUGCGAUUAACAGCGGGUAUCAGUCAUGGGGUCCACUAUUUGGCAAGCUGUUCUUUGCCAUAUGGGUUAUUGCUGACCUUUACCCAUUCCUGAAGGGUCUGUUGGGUCGGCAGAAUCGUACUCGUACGAUUGUUAUUGUGUGGUCUAUCCUUCUUGCUUCCAUAUUCUCAUUGCUCUGGGUACGGAUUGACCCUUUCACCUCGGCCUCCACAAAAUCUGCUGCAAAUGGUCAAUGCAGCAUCAACUGCUAA